UGAAGAUCAGCAAGAAGUGAUCCUUGUCAGAACAGAUCAGUCUGGAAGAGUAUGGCCUGUAAACACACCAGGAAAACCUCUGGAAUCAAAAGGAGGAAGAAGGAAGAGACAGAUGGUUUCAACCCAUAUGGAAAAAGAAAGGACCAGAUACUUUCAUGAUGAUGAUAAUCUAAGCCUGAAUGAUUUAGUCAAAAAUGAAAAGAUGGGAGCAGCAGAAAACCAAAACAAACUUUUUAUGAGAAUGGCAUCUAAGUUUAUGGGGAAAACAGAUGGAGACUCUUAUACUCUGGAUGACAUGUUUGUCUCCAAAGCAGCCGAGAGAGAAUGUCUUGGUGAAGAGGAAGAGAACCAGAGGAAAAAAGCUAUUGCUGAGCAUCAGAGUCUUGUUGCACAAAUGGAAAAAUGUCUGUACUGUUUUGACAGCUCUCAAUUUCCCAAGCACCUUAUUGUUGCAAUAGGUGUUAAGGUUUACUUAUGUUUACCCAACUUCCGAUCUCUUACUGAGGGGCACUGCCUGAUAGUACCUUUGCAGCACCAUAGAGCAGCUACCUUACUGGAUGAAGACAUCUGGGAGGAAAUUCAGAUGUUCAGAAAAUCAUUGGUAAAGAUGUUUGAAGUUAAGGGAUUGGACUGCAUCUUUUUAGAGACUAAUAUGAGCAUGAAGAAACAGUAUCACAUGGUUUAUGAAUGCAUUCCUCUUCCAAAGGAAGUGGGUGAUAUGGCUCCCAUCUAUUUUAAGAAAGCCAUAAUGGAAUCUGAUGAAGAGUGGUCUAUGAACAAGAAGUUAAUUGAUCUCUCCUCUAAAGAUAUCAGGAAGUCUGUACCCAGAGGCUUACCUUACUUCUCUGUGGACUUUGGCCUUCAAGGAGGGUUUGCCCAUGUUAUUGAAGAUCAACGCAAAUUCCCUCAUUACUUUGGAAAGGAAAUAAUUGGUGGAAUGCUGGAUAUAGAACCAAGACUUUGGAGGAAAGGAAUCCGAGAAAGCUUUGAAGAUCAGAGGAAGAAAGCACUGCAGUUUGCUCAGUGGUGGAAACCAUAUGACUUCACCAAAAGUAAAAAAUGUUGAAGUGUACGUUUCAUUUUUACUAUCCUCUUCAGGUCCCAUUCAAUUUUAUUUCCAUUGCAUCUGCAUAAACAACUGACCCUUAGGUCACAGGUAAAGAGAGUCACAGCAGCAAACUCCUCUGGGUAUCUGACAACCAUGCAUCAUUGUUUUCCUCCCCACCUGUUCCUGUGGACUUCAUUUUAGUGACCAUGGAGUAAGGGCAGAUAUGUUGGAUGACCUGCUCACAUUCCUGUUCUGUACUUACUUACUGGUGUUAAAAACUAGACAGUUUAUUUAGAGAAGGCUUUUCUGAAGUGAUAUCUAGGAAGCAUAGCAAAUCUUUUGUUCAGAGGGAAGUGGGUCUACUUCGAGGUUAAGCCUAGCUUCUUUUACAGUUUUUAUAAUAAGACUUGGUAUAUUCAGUAAUAAGUGAGAUUUCUUUCUAUAGGAUUUUAUAGAAGAGAUCUUAAUUUUCUACCACUAGCAUAUAGUAUGACUAAUAUACCUUUUGUUAAAGGAAAAAUAAUGUUUCAAAAGUAUUAAAGGAUUAAAUGAUAAAAUAUAUUCACGAUUCAAGUUUGUAUUAAUUUCUGGAUUUAUUAAUAGUAUCUUUGAAUUUUGGUGGCUUUAAAAGUAAUUGUUCCAGAUAACACAAUUUACAGUUGUUUGGGGUUUGUAUGAAAGUUCAAAUUUGUAGCCAAAUCAUUGUUUUGGGGUUAUAUUGAUCAUCACAAAAUCUUAAAUAAAAAGAGUAUUCUACAUGUUAGGAGCACUCUCUGUUGUUGUCACUUGAUCUGAAUUACUUAAUUUGUCAAGAGAAAACCCUGUACUUAUAAAUAUGGCUGUGGUGUGGGAGUAUUCCUACUCUUUUUUAUAUGGAAGAUAUUGUUGAAGUAAGUCUUUUUCAAAGAUCUUGCUGUUUUGGGUUCUCAGCCUUGACAUUUUGUCAUGAAAUGUUGACUACCUACAAUCAGUGUGAAGCAGACUGCAGAAUAACUCAUAACUGUAUAGAUUAUUUUUAAUAUCAGGAUAUUAUUAUUAGCAUGUUAAAAAAGAAAUGUUUAUGUUCUGUGUGUAGUUUUUUUUACUUUCACAAAUAAGUUGAAGCUUAAUGGUAUCCAUUUUUCAAUAUUUACAAAUUACAUAUAAGCAUAUAUAUCAAAUAGAUUUUUGACAGUAUUUCAUUUAUUGCUGUUUUCAAACUCUUUUGGCUUUGCUCCAGUCUUAAAGGAAUCUGUAACAUUCAUUUAUUCAAUUAGUGAGUUAACGUAUAUUUGUAAAGCACUGUGUUACAUGCGGUAGUGCAAAAGUAAAAAGUAUUUCCCCUACCUUAAAUUAUUUUAUGGUUUAAUGGAGAAAGAGACAGGUACAUAAAUAAUUAUAGCACAAUAUGAUAAAUGCUAAGAAUAUUUGAGUACAGUGCUAAUGGACUAUUUUCAUACCUGCCAUCUUUUCAUUCUAAGCUGAUGACCUUCUUAGUUUGCUGAGAAAAUAGAAGCAAAUGGAAGGGAGUUCCUACCACAUCUACCAAUAUACAUGCAUUUAUACCUAUGUACUUUCCUUUUGCUCUUCUUAAAUAUGUAAAUAAUUAUUUUGUUGUUCUUAUCUAGGGCCAGUCUACUCAUUUAUGUACUGUAUUUCAUUCCUUCUCACCUACUCAAUUACCUCUACUUUCUCUGUAUUGCUAGUCUUUUCUCCUCUUUACAGGAUUGUUCCAUAUUAGCAAAUAAAAACAUUUUAUAUCA